UGUUUUGUGCUUGAAAUUUGUUGUUUAUUAAGCAAUUGUUAUAAAUGUGUGAAACACAUUUUCAUUGUUGAAAUAUGAUGUUUUGUAUGAAUUAGUGUCAUAAGAAUACCGGCUGGUAAACUUUUAUUUGUUGAAAUUUAGAUAUCAUAAUGACGUCUUCAGAAGCCACUGAAACAAAGUGUAUAAUUACAAGCUUGUUAACGUCUAAUCCUUUACGUUCAUCUAUGAAACAGUUAUGUGACGAUUUUCGAAAUAUUGUAGGUUAUCCAAUACCUAUUGACAAACUAGGUUUUGCUUCUGUUGAAGCAUACCUGCGAUCAAUUCCAGACACAGUUCAAGUUCAUGGAUCAGGUCCAUACGCAGAAGUUGAAGGUGUUAUUAAAGCCAAAUCGGCUCACAUUAAUUUAAUGGUAGCAAAGCAAAAGAAAAAACCUAAGGUUUCGCUAUACAAAAGGACAAGAGUAAAUUUUAUUCCAUCAGGUUAUCGACUACAACAAAACUAUACUCCACGUAGACCGCCAAGAUGUUACACAAAUGAGAGUAACAAGUUUGACUUGGUCGAGGCAACACAAACACCAGAAAAAAAAAUUUCACCACCGCUAGACCCCCUCAAUGAACCUUGUUUUAAUAUAGAAUCUCCAGCAGAUAUACAAGACUGUGAUUAUUUUAAGCAGGAAUGUCAAGGUCAUGUGGUACUUGAUUGUGAUAGAGAAAUUAUUUCUCAAGUUGGACUUAAAAAAGAACCACAACAAAAGACUUCCUCAUCAAGUGAGUCUGAGAAGGAAUAUCGAAUUUUAUCAGAAACAAGCAGUUCAUUGUCACUAGCUGAAGAGAAAACUGUUGACAAUCACUCACAACUUUUGAAUUUGAAUAAUGUCGCAAUUAAUAGUGAUGAGAGAAGUGAAGCUCCAUCAAACUCAAAUGUUCCUACAAAAGUUGAAAAUAAUUUAAAAAAACUUAUCCUCCAAUUUCCAAAUGGUCUCUGGUGCAGCAAAUUGCCAAUAGAAUAUCGUCAAAUGUUUAAAAAGAAAUUAAAUUAUGAAUACUACGGUUAUAGAUCUUUGAUUGAAAUGUGCGCAGAUUUACCUCAUGUUUUUCAAUAUAUUCAACCAGGAACGCAUGAUUUUCUUUUGUUUGACAUAAAUAGGUCUCUACCGUCAUAUUCUAAAAGUGAAAAAAUUGAAUUGGAGGUGCAAGUUGAAGAUGUCGCCAAAACUCAUAUUUUAGAUGAAGUUGAGUUGGAUUGGACAGCUGGCCCAGCGAUAAUACCCUCUGAUGUUAUGCGUUUAUCAGAUGAAAUACUUCGAUGUUUUCCUUCUGAUAAAGCUGUGGGUGAUAUACUUGAAAUCUCUGUUGAGGAAAUUUAUGAUCUUUCCAAAUUUUGGGUUACUCUGACUUAUGGCGACUUGGAAAGUUUGAUGAACGAGUUACAGACUUUUUUCUAUGAUAAUCAUAGUAAAUACUUUAUUCCAGAAAAACUAUUAGAAGUAGACUUAUUUUGUGUAGCUUUGUAUGCAAAUUUAUAUCACCGUUGUGUCAUUGUUGAUUUAUUACCGAGAUCACCAGGCUUUAUCAGGGUGUUUUUUAUUGAUUAUGGGACAGUGGAGAAUAUUUCCAGUAGGGAAAUUUGGUUUUUACCGAAACAGUUUAGUAAAGUGCCUUCUCAAGCGAUCCGAGCCCGCUUAUCUGGAAUUUAUCCCCCUUAUGAAAAUAGUACUUGGAGUGAACAAGCUAUAAUUGCAUUCCAGAAACUUGUCACUAAUAGGAUUAUAGUGGGAGAAGUCACAAAAAUUGACGAAACGCAACAUGUGUUGGAACUCUACAUGGCUGACAUUACCAAUGAAAAACAUAUUUUCUACGUCAACGAUCAAUUAGUUAAUGAAGGUCAUGCGAUCUACAUUGAUAAUAAAAGGAAAAAGUCUUACAUAGACUACGACUGCACUCCAAACGUUCUAUACUUGCAUCUUUUCCCGGAAUUCAGCGAAAUCGAGUCGGGAAUGGCUCCAACAAAAGAAGAAAUGAAGUAUAUUAUUGCUAACAAGCUACCUCUCCAUCACUACAUGCCUCAAUAUUUCAAUAUUUAUUAUUUCGAAGACGUCGAGCAGAUCCAAACACAACACGAGAAAUUUAACAGAAAGAAAUUGCAUGAUCGUGGGGUCUUCUGUGAAGAAGAAGAUUUCGAUUUUUCGUUUUUUCCCGAUAUUUUGCAAAGUGAAAUUAAGGACCUUCUUGAGCAAGACACUAAAACAAAAUUGUGUGGUGAUCAAUUGAAAAAUGACAAAGUGCCUAAAAUUGGUGAAGAUGGUGAGAUUGAACCGGAUUCAUCAUUUAGAGAGUAUUUUUGUAACAAAAAACGUAUUUCAGAGUUAAUACAUGGCGCCUCUUCUAAGACUUGUAGUGAUUCAAAGUGUUAUCGUGAUAAAUCUGUUUUGACUUUGGAUUCAAUAAGCGACGUGUCAUUCAGUUCGGAAUCUUCGCCAGACAUUUUACCAUUAAACAACAGUUUCAAGCAACUUAAUUUAAAUAACAGUGAUUUCUCAGUGAUUAAUAAUAAUGUUAGUGACAAAUUACAAAAAGCCACUAAUCCAUUUCUCAGUGAUGACUUUAUAACUGAUACGAAUCCGUUCCGAAUUUAUAAUCCUUUUAUGAGUGAUGAAGACGAAACACGUAGCAAAAGUGAUACAUUUAAUAAAACGCCUGAAGAGAAGUUACCAGAUAAAAUCGUGAAUAAUUUAAACGAUAUCAGUGCGUGUAGUUGCAAACUUAACAAACAAGUGAAUCUCGAUAAAUCGAAUUUGAACCCAAAUAAAAGUCUUUCAAAUCCGUUCACACAACUCGAAAAACAGCAACCAUCCAAUGAACAUCAAACACGAGUUCGGACUCCUCCAGGAUUUGCUUCUCAAAAUGUUCAAAACAGAAUGGUGCAUAACUCCAGUUUCAUAAAUAGUUUUAAUUUUGUUAACCCGUACUACCAAAGAUUUGAGUAUCCCCAAUACAACAGUAACUUUUAUGCCCAGAAUCAGUUUAAUAUGUCUAUGGUUCAACCAAUGGGCAAUUUUUUAAAUUCUGCUCCAAUGUUUUACCCCAAUCAGUUAAAUUUUGAUGCAGGUGCGUGGAAUCAGAUGCGACCACAGAAUUAUAACCACAAUCCGAAUUUGAACAAUUUUCAGAAGUAGCCUGGAGUGCUUCGAAAUUUUUAUCGCAAAGUUUUUUAUUGAGUUUAUUUUAACAUUUGAAGUACCUAAGUAAAAAGAAUGUUUUUUUUAUUUCACUUUU